AUGGGGUUCCUGGGCUCGAGUGAUGGGUCAUCUCCAGAUGAAGGAGUUGUAGAAGAUGUGUCUCUAAUAGAUGAGAAAGCGGUGGAGCAGCUCGCUGAAGGGUUAAUUUCUCAUUAUUUGCCUGAUUUGCAGCGAUCAAAAUCAGCUCUAAAGGAACUGACACAGAACCAAGAGGUAUUACUAGAAACAAUAGAGCAAGAGAUUUCAAAAUUCAAAGAAUGUAAUUCCAUUCCUGAAAUCAAUGCCUUGUUUUCAGAAGCUAAGCACUAUCAUAACAAGCUAGUGAACAUUAGAAAUGAAAUGAUGAUGCUCCAUGAGAAGUCCUCAAAGUUAAAAAAAAGAGCACUUAAGCUGCAACAAAAGAGGCAGAAAGAAGAACUGGAACGAGAACAGCAACGUGAGAGGGAACUUGAAAGAGAAAAGCAGUUAACAGCAAAACCUGCUAGGAGGACAUGAAAACAGAGCAUGCAUCAGCUUGUCCAAAUUGUUAAUUUUUGCAUUCUCUGGAA